CCGUUUUUGUCCCUCUGCCAGCGACUCUUGAUGGAAGAACACGGAGUGACGCAGGCAGAGCACAUGGCUACCAUCGAGGCGCACGCCGUGGCCCAGCAGGUGCAGCAGGUGCACGUGGCCACCUACACGGAGCACAGCAUGCUGAGCGCCGACGAGGACUCGCCCUCCUCGCCCGAGGACACCUCCUACGACGACUCCGACAUCCUCAACUCCACGGCGGCCGACGAGGUCACCGCUCACCUGGCGGCUGCAGGCCCUGUGGGGAUGGCAGCAGCUGCUGCUGUGGCAACAGGGAAGAAAAGGAAGCGGCCUCACGUGUUUGAGUCCAACCCCUCCAUCCGGAAGAGGCAGCAGACUCGUUUGCUCAGGAAGCUGCGGGCCACGCUGGAUGAGUACACCACCAGAGUGGGGCAGCAGGCCAUCGUCCUGUGCAUCUCACCCUCCAAACCCAACCCUGUCUUCAAAGUGUUCGGUGCUGCACCCCUGGAGAAUGUGGUCCGCAAGUACAAGAGCACCAUCCUGGAAGACCUGGAGUCGGCGCUGGCCGAGCACGCCCCGGCCCCCCAGGAGGUCAACUCAGAGCUGCCACCCCUCACCAUCGACGGCAUCCCCGUCUCCGUGGACAAGAUGACCCAGGCACAGCUGAGAGCCUUCAUCCCCGAGAUGCUGAAGUACUCCACGGGUCGUGGGAAGCCAGGCUGGGGCAAGGAGAGCUGCAAGCCCAUCUGGUGGCCCGAGGACAUUCCGUGGGCCAACGUCCGCAGCGACGUCCGCACGGAGGAGCAGAAGCAGCGGGUGUCCUGGACCCAGGCCCUGAGGACCAUCGUGAAGAACUGCUACAAGCAGCACGGGCGCGAGGACCUGCUGUACGCCUUCGAGGACCAGCAGACGCCGCAGACCACGACCACGCACAGCAUCGCCCACCUGGUGCCCUCCCAGACCGUGGUACAAACCUUCAGCAACCCCGACGGCACCGUGUCCCUCAUCCAGGUUGGCACGGGUGCCACGGUGGCCACGCUGGCCGACGCCUCCGAGCUGCCCACCACGGUGACCGUGGCACAGGUCAACUACUCUGCGGUGGCUGACGGAGAGGUGGAGCAGAACUGGGCGACGCUACAGGGCGGGGAGAUGACCAUCCAGACGACGCAGGCCUCGGAGGCCACGCAGGCGGUGGCUUCCUUGGCCGAGGCGGCGGUGGCGGCGUCGCAGGAGAUGCAGCAGGGAGCCACUGUCACCAUGGCACUCAACAGUGAAGCCGCUGCCCACGCCGUAGCCACGCUGGCCGAGGCCACCCUUCAAGGAGGGGGACAGAUUGUCCUGUCUGGGGAAACUGCAGCAGCAGUGGGGGCACUCACAGGAGUCCAGGAUGCCAAUGGGCUGGUGCAGAUCCCGGUCAGCAUGUACCAGACGGUGGUGACCAGCCUGGCGCAGGGCAAUGGCCCCGUGCAGGUGGCCAUGGCGCCGGUGACCACGCGCAUCGCCGACACGGCCGUCACCAUGGACGGCCAGGCCGUGGAGGUGGUGACCCUGGACCAGUGACCCCGGCCCCCUCGCCUGCUCUCCUCCACUCUUUUUUGUUCUACGCCUCUCCAGAGAUGCAAUCAGGUUGGCAUUUGAGUCUCCCGGCUUUGGAAAUGAAAAAGGGUUUUUUUGACCUUUUUUCUUUUUUUUUUUUUUUUAAAUCGAGAAAAAUAGAAAAAAAAACAAACAAAAAAACAACCAGAUCCUGGCAGAGGAUGUGUGUAAAGUGCAUUUUUCUAGCGCCACUCUGCUCUCGGAGGAACGAGAAGCCAAAUUGUGACGGGACUUUGAUUCUGAGGAGGUUGGAAAGAAAAGGAAAAUGAAAAUAAAGCGACCCUUUACGCCCCGUUUUCCCCCACGUGGGAUCGAGCAGGAGGAGGCUGGGGGGCAGCACGGACACCCUCAGCCAGCACCGACCUCGACAGCAAAUUAGGUAUCAAAGAUUUUAAUAUGGACUUUUAUAUUCCAAGAAAAAAACCCGCCCCGGAAAAACAAAAACACACCAAAAAAAAAAAAAAAAAAAAAGGAAAAAAAAAUGGGGGGAAAAAAAAAAAAGACUCCUCUCCUGGGAAGAAAAAAAAGAAAAUAAAGUGCAUGUGUGACUGCAGGGGGUGCAGAGCUGCCGAGGGACGCCGCCCUGCCCGGAGCUGCCGGAGGAUCCCGCUCGGCUCCCCUUGGUGCACACUGGAGACCUGUUCCUCCUUCUCUGCCCCCGUACCUGCCAUUUUAGAUCCUUGGGGUUGGUUUGGUUUUUUGGUUUUUCCCUUUAUUAUUAUUAUUAUUGUUGUUGUUGUUGUUGUUAUUAUUAUUAUUUCGUGGCUCUAGACCGGAGCGGAACUGCCUCUAAAGGGGCUCUGGCUGUGUGUCCCCCCUUUUCCCCAGCACAUUCCUGGGAUUUCCCCCUGAAAGGAGCCAGCUCGGGCUCCCCCGUUCCUGCUGCCACCCCGACCUCUCCUCCUGCAGCUCCUCCAGGAGAAGCUUUGCCUGCAGGGGGGAUGCGAGCGAGACCCUUCCCUUUGGGGGCCCCGUCCCCCCUGCCCGUCCUGCUCCUGCCCAGCACGGUUUUAACCCCAAAAUCCUUCCCAGGAGGGUUCCAAAAGCCUUUGGGGUGGGGUGGGGUGCUUUUGGGGGGGCAGAUUUUAUUCAGCAUCCCCUCGUGCCCAACCAAACCCACCCUUCCCGCAAGCACUUCCCGUGGGAUUUCAUUUUUGGGGUUAUUUUGGGGGUUUUUUAUUAUGAUUUCCAGGUGGCCGUUCAAGUUCUGCCUUCGAGGAAGUUUUCAGAUUCUUGUAUUUACUUGUUUUAUAUGGGGGAAAAAAAAAGAAAAACCCACAAAAACAAACCUAUCAAACGUUCUUUGUAUACAGUUCUUGGGUCCUUUUUCCGAGGGGAGGGAGAUCUUUCCAUAGAAACUGUCCUGGUUCUCCAAUUUCCGAAGGUUUUUGGGUUUGUUUUUGUUUUCUAAUGAUUAUUUUUUUAUCGUCGUUGUGAAGAUGUCGGUGGCUUUCCAAGUCAGUGUUUCUUUGGCGAUGAAAUGAGGUUCUUUUAAUCCCCCCCCCCCCAAAAAAAAAAAAGACAAAAACCAGGCAAAUAGCAGAGCAUGGACCCCCCCUUGUUUUCCCAGUGUCUAUUAUUGCCUCAUUCAAUAAAUUGUUACAAAUGUGUCUA